AUGACUUCGAAUAAUGAAUCAACGAUAGCGGAAUUAUUUGAUUUUGCUUUUGAUCUUCAACAAAAACUUGAAUCGAAUAAAAUCGAACAAAAAUUCGAAACAUUUACGAUUGCAAUCGAUAAAUUAAAACUAGCUGAAGAUAAAAUUGAAGAAUUACAUCUAUUUUCUGAUAAUGAAGAAUUAAAUGAAGUUUCAUCUAAUGAAUUAAGAUAUUUUAUUGUUUAUGCUUUGAUCGGUUGGUUAUAUGAAUAUCGUACAUCAAAUCGUGAUCAACGAUUAGAUGAAAUUCAUUUAUCAAUAAAUUAUUUUAUUAAAUAUUUACAGUUAUGUAAAAAUUACGGACUUAUUCAACACAUUCCAAAAGAACAAGAUGAUAAUAAUGAUAAAUUUCGUAUACAAACUACAGAAGAUCGUCAAACAAAAAUUCAAAAACUUAAAGAAAAAAAAGCAUUAGAAAAAUCUAUUGCAACAUUACGCGAAAUGGCACAUGAUGUUAAUCGUGUUGAUGAUGAAAUUAAACGACAAUUAUAUACAGAACAAAUUAAAUGGUGGAUUAAACAAUCAGAAGAAGAUAUUCUUGCAUUAAAAGAUGAAAUAAAAUUACUUCAAUUUUCUAAAGAUCCAUUGCCACAAAAUAGUAAUGUACAAACAGUAAAAUCAACAAAUAAAUUACCGAUUGAUGGACCACUUACAUUAGUCACAACGAAAGAUCGAUUAUAUAAGGAAGCAAUUGGAGGAGCAGGUUAUCCAAGUUUACCAACGAUGACUGUACAAGAAUUUUACGAUGAUCUUUCUAAAACACAAUCUCAACAGCCAGUAUCAGCACCUAAACCAGCUCCAUUAUCAGAUGAAUAUCUUAAUGAAAUCGAUGAUUCUACACAUCGACAAAAUGUUCGUAUAAUGGACGAAUAUAAAGAUGAUAAUCCACGUGGUAGUGGUAAUCGUUAUAAUCGUAGUUAA